GUCGCACAAAACGGGAAAAUAGCAUCUUUAGCAUUUUUCCUGCAAGUAUUGAAGCCUCACAAAUAACUUUGGUUAAAUAAUUUAAAUCACAAUGGUUUGAUUUAUCUCAGUUUUUAUUGCAAUUAAAGAAGACGACGACUUCCUGCUUCCUGUAUAUAUGAUUAAAAUUUGCCAAUUUUAUGAGACCGUUGGUUAACGUAGCGAUAAGAGAGCGGUUAGCUGAACAUUUGAGGUGUUGUUAUUGUUAGUAUAAGUGUGCAUCUCUUUCAUUAACAAAAACCCUAAAAUACACUGAAUAACUGCAGCAAAACACUCAUACGGGAUGACUGCUGCACAGCCUGCAGCUAAAGAGUUGGAUUUAAACGAUGAGGACGAUCUUUUUGACGCUGUGUUGACUGGGUCGGUGGAUAAGGAUAAGACACUUCCAUCAACACAGAGCAAGACAGAAAUUAAAACAGACGAUAAUGCAAAGUCCAAACCAGAGACGCCGCUAAAAAGAUUAGGGGUAUACAUUGGAAAAUUCCCUUGGUGGAUAACAGAAGACGACAUAUUGCGGUUAGUCAAUAAUCUUGGGGCGCGAGAUGUGAUUGAAGUUAGAUUUGCAGAAAACAAAGUGAAUGGACUCUCCAAAGGAUUUGUUAAAGUUGUGGUGACCUCUGAGGAGUCAGUUAAAUUACUUUUGGAUAAAGUACCAAAAUGUACUCUUGGUGGUGACAGGGUUAUUUGUCGUUUUGCCAAUAACCACAACCUUUCACUGUUUGAGAACAUGGUCAAACAAAAUGUUCCAGGUUUCCCGCCACAUGCUGCUUCUUAUAACAUGAAUGAUUCAGGCUCUUCAUUUUUACCACAGAACCCAUUCGAUUCUACUGUGCCUCAACAAUUUUUACGCCCAUUUUCCAACACAGCUGGUUUUGUAGCCAACCCAUUUUUGAGCUACCCACCUCCUCCUUUACCUCAUAUGCCACCCCCAUCCCUGCUACCCUUCAUGUUCCUGAAUUUUAUGAAGCCUCCUGCCAAUCCACCUGAUGAUGAAAAUGCAAAUCUCGAAACUGCUGGCACAUCGCAGGAGGGGCAUAGCAGCAGCAUGUUGAACAGUGACGAAAAAAUGGAUCAAGGCUCUGAGGAACUAAUAAACAGGAAUAAAGCAGUUGCUAGUACUGCCAUCAGCAAGGCUGUGUCAGGAGCAACAACAGGAGACUUGAGGGUGGCUAUGGAAACACUUUUAACAGCAAUUUCAAUCAUCAAACAGUCCAGAGUAUAUCAAGAUGAUCGCUGUCAAGCCAUGGUCACCUCUCUGAAAGACUGUUUAGUGUCCAUUCAAGGAAGUUAUGGCUUCAGCAGGCACAGUGAGGAGAAAGAGCGGGAUAGACGGAAAUCGUCGAGCAAAGAAAGACGACGUUCAUCUCGGGGGGACAGAGAUCGGUCCCGAAGCAGUGAAAGAAGCCGUCGCUCCAGAGAACGCUCCAGAGAACGCUCUAGAGAACGCUCUAGAGAACGCUCCAGAGAACGCUCCAGAGAACGCGACAGACACAGGGAUCGAGAAAGAUACAGGGAUCGAGACAGUGACAGAUAUUAUUAAAACUACCAUGAGGAUUGAGUUUAUAUAAUGGAUACAAAGACACGACUUAAUUUCUUCGAUUAACAUCUGAAUGUACAUAAAGGUGAGGCUGAUCGGAAACCUACAAAGAUGUACUUUUUUUUGUUUUUUUUAAUCAUCUGCCCUCACGGUCCCUUUUAUCUAUUACAGUUGUAGCCUUGAUGCAAAGACAUCAGGUUUCAUUACUUGCAUGUUCUACACAUUUAUUGUAAUAGUUCAAUAUGCUGUUUUUUAAUUAAAUGUAACAGUCAUAAAUUG